ACGGCAAAAGUCAACCCUUCCUCAAAUGGUGUAAGCACUUCAGGAUCGUCUUCUUUCCUAAAGGCGGGUACAAUGCCGAAAGCAAAAGUUCGACCUUUGGAUAUAGGACAGUAUGACGGAAGUUUGGAAAGGGAUGAAAAGCGUGGAAGACGUUCGAAUGACGUUCGUGGUGGAUUAUUGGACUUUGAUGCAAAACAAUUGGCCGUUCCACCACAACAGAGACAAUGGUCUUUGUUGGAUUUGGAAUUAGGUCAUCCACUCGGAAAAGGUAAAUUCGGACGAGUGUUUGUUGCAAGAACGAAACCCAAUGCCGUUCCAGGAGCACCUUCUGGUUAUAUCAUCGCUUUAAAAGCAUUAUACAAGGAUGAAAUUCGCAAAGAAGGAUUGGAAUUGCAAGUACGUAGAGAGUUGGAAAUCCAAAUGAACUUGAGACAUCCUCACGUUUUACGAUUGCACGGCUUUUUCCAUGAUGAAGGCAGAAUAUUUAUGAUGUUAGAAUUUGCCGGAAAAGGUGAAUUGUACAAGAUUAUGAGUAAAUUACCCAAUUGUCAUUUUGAUGAAGAAACAGCGGCAAAAUUAACUGCUCAAAUGACUGAUGCUUUGGCUUAUUUGCAUCACAAGAAUGUCAUUCAUCGUGAUAUCAAACCGGAAAACCUCUUGAUGGAUCUUAAAGGAGAUUUAAAGGUGGCCGACUUUGGUUGGAGUGUACAUGCUCCUACAACUCGCCGAACAACGAUGUGCGGAACACUUCAAUACCUUGCUCCUGAAAUGGUCGAAAAGACUGAACACGAUGAAACGGUGGACUUGUGGUCUUUGGGUGUUUUGAUCUAUGAAUUUUUGCAUGGAGCGCCUCCGUUCGAACAUCCUGAUCCGGAAGAACAAAAGCAAAGGAUUCGUAAAGUUCGUUAUACGUUCCCUAAAGAUCGUCAAGGAAAAGAUUAUAUUCCAGUUUUAUCACAAGAAAUCAUUUCUGGUCUUUUGAAAUAUCGUGGUGCAGAUCGAAUGCCAUUAAAUCAAGUUCUUCUUUCAAAUUGGAUACAAAAGUGGCAACCAAACACCAUCAAACAAGCCAUUGCCGGUGGAUAUAUGUGGAUGCCAGGUAAGGAACCUAGAAAAGAACGUCAUCCUGCCUCUUCUCGUUAUGCAAAUGGCUUGCAUCCUCGAUAG